UGGCCAAUCGGGACAGCGGCGGAGCCCCAGCAUUAGCCAAUCAGGACAACCAUUGGAGGUCCCGUUUCUGCGUUACAAGGAGGCUGAGGCAGAGGCAGAAGAGGCGGAGCCCCGGGUUGCUGGGAACCCGGGCUUCCGGGUGGAGAGCGGUGGAGUCCUUUCAUCCGGGCGGCCAGUGAUCUUGGGACCAGCGAGGUGUGCUAGACCGGUAGAGAAGGGGCGAGCGGCCUGCCUCGGUGUGCACCCUGCCUGGGUGCGCGUGAGUGAGAGGCUGGGAUCUGCUCUGCUCGCCAAGUCCUCAGGAGUGUGUGGGGUGGCAGGGCUGCGACAGGUUAGGGGCUCUGGUGCUGGUGGAGGAGUCUGCACCUGGGGUCAAAGAGAAAUGGGCAGCAUUUGUCUACACUGCAGACAUCUCUUCCAGAAGCAAAGGAGGUGUCCCUGCGCUUAACUUAUAAGGGACCAAAGCUGGCUGGAGAAGGGGAAGGUUUCCCAGGAUCCUGCCAACGCCCGGUCAGGACCAGGCUUUCCUGAGUGCAGACCCUUAAUCGGCAGUCAUGUGUCAAUAAAGGUCUAUUUGCCCCAGAGCACAGCCAAGAGAGCAGAGACAUGAUUCUACCCGAGUGUGGCUGGGUGAGCUAACCAGUCUUCAGGAACUUGUAUGACCCAAGGCAGCUGCCUCGCUGACAAGCCCAUCUAGCUCGGGUUCUGAGUCGCUCCUGUGUUUAAAGCAACCUUGAGGAGGAGCCUCCUCCCACCAGGAGGGAGCUAUCUGAAUGUCAGAAUGUCCUGCACAACAACCAGGAACCCAUAUUUUGGUUCAAACUUUGCUUGUGACACUUACUAGCUGUGUGACCAUGGGGUACACAGGCAAAAAUAAAUAAAAAGAAAGAAUGGCUGGGGGUAGCUUUGUGGCAGGGGAUAGGCUUGGUGCUGUAGGCCUUGGGGCUCAGUGCUAGCACCAGGUAACAGGCUGCCAAGCUUUGAAUUAGCACUCUGUGUGCGUAUGGCAAGCACAUGCCAUGACACGGGUGAAGGUAAGACAAUUGGUGGGAGUCAUGUAGGCCCUGGGAAUUGAACUCAGAUUGUUAAGCAUGGCAGUCAGCCCUUUUGCUCACGGAGCCAUCUCACAGGCCCCAGGAAUCAGAUUACAUAGGGAAGGUCCAGUGGGAGUCCAGUGGGAGUCUUAGUCUCUUGGCGGGCGAGAAGCACAGCCUGGCUGGGUUAGUAGUAAUGACCUUUAUUGAGUGCUGUGUUAAGGGUUUAACACACUGCCCCGUGUGCCCCAUUGACAGCAUGGUAGGGUAAACACUAUGCUCCCCUAUUUAUCUGGUGAGGGCAGGAGGCGCACAGAGGUCAAGCAACCAGAUGGUUUGAAUCCAGGCCUGUGUGGCAAGGUUCCCUCCCUCAUCUUUUGUCAUUGCUGUUUUGACAUCAGGUGGAACCUAGCCUGAGCACCUCCUGUGGACAUUCUGCAGCCCAGAGCCAGCGACCUUGCUGUGAGGAGCUGUGACCCAUGCCCAAGAUGGCAGAGACAAAAGACCCCGUUCAGCUUCGCCUCCUCAGUCUGGAGCUGCUGGAGCAGCUGUGGGCCGGGCACGAUGCCAUGUGUCGGUCUGUGGCCAGAGCAGCGUCAGAGGUGGGUGGCCACCUUGGUAAUGCCCAGUCAAACCUGGACUAUAGCAGCAGUGGCAACUUAAACAUGCCACUGUCCCAAGAGACUUCCUCAGAGACCUCCAGCUCACAGGACAGAAGACACAUGUGGGACCUGCUGCAGAGUCAUGGAAGUGACAGUGGCAGCUUAGACAUACCACCAUCCCAAGAGACUUCCUCAGAGACCCCCAGCUCACAGGACAGAAGACACAUGUGGGACCUGCUGCAGAGUCGUGGAAGAGACACAUUUGAAAUGUUCUGGUCUGGCAAUACCAACUCCAGCGUGGACUCUCUCCCGCCUGCCACAUGCCAACACCCGGAGCCCCAGCGGGAUGGACUGUGGCCCCCCUCAGUACCCUUGCUAGCCACUGAAGGUCUGAAAGGGCCAAUGCCUUUGGCAGAACCAAAAGGUCUGGGGCCUCACAAGACACAGGUCCCAAGGUCCAUCCUGUCACAACCACACAAGCCGCUUAAGUCCAAAGUGACCUUCUCCCAGGAGUCCUGUCAACUUCCUCAGUCCAAAGUGACCUUCUCCCAGGAGUCCUGUCUACUUCCUCAGUCCAAAGUGACCUCCCAGGAGUCCUGUCAACUUCCUCAGUCCAAAGUGACCUUCUCCCAGGAGUCCUGUCUACUUCCUCAGUCCAAAGUGACCUUCUCCCAGGAGUCUUAUAUGCCAGAGAGCAGCAGCUGGCAUUCCCGGUCACACCUGAACCAUGAUUGGAUUUCAGGGUCUGUGGACAGUUCCUCUCCAGUCGCCAGUGAAUCCGAGGCCUUCUUCUCUGUGCUGCAGAGGUUUCGAGAAGCCAACGAAGAGGAUUGUGUUUGCAGCUCCCCUGAAGCUGUGUUCCCAGACCUGCAAGAGAGCCGCAGUGUGGAAGAGGACCACGAGUGUGUGUACUGUUACCGUAUCAACCGGCGCCUGUUUGCUGUGCCAGUGGAUCUGGGUACCCCUUGCCGCCUGUGUGGGGUACCCCGGGACCAGCAGGGCCCUGAGACUCUGGAGGAGCCUGGGCAGGUCAGGGUGAGCAUCCCCCUCUCCAUUCUGGAUCCUCCACACCAGUAUCGAAUUCAUAGACGGAAGAGCUUUGAUGCCUCUGACACGCUGGCUCUGCCACGGCACUGUCUGCUGGGCUGGGACAUCCUCCCUCCAAAGUCUGAGAAAAGCUGUGUUCCCAAGAGCCUGGACCUCUGGUCUUCUGUCUCCUGUGGAGCGCAGCGCCGUCAGCUGUCAGCCACCACCAGCCCAACCCGCCUGGCCUUGGGAGUGCAGGUCCCACCACCGAUCUGGUCAAAGCCUCAGGUUCCCCGGAUCCGCCCCUCCCACUAGACACCCCACGCAUUUGCUACCCAGAAGGGGACAGUAUUCUACUGGCACCCUCAGCAUCCCCUGAGGAUGUCGCACCUGAGAGCUGGAAGCCCUCAAGAUGAAGCUGGAACCUGACAAGAUGGGAGUGGCUCUGCUAUCUCUUCUGGAUUGGGCAGAUGUGAGCGUCCAGGCCACCUACCUCACGGGAGUCCAAAAAGUGGGAACUCUGUGGGAGGGGAGAGGAGGAAGUGCUAUGAGUGGUGUGUUAAUAAAGCUCAGGGCCCUGCACUUCCUGUCCCAAUGUAA